GGCGGGACCUCCAGGGCCGGAAGUGACGACGCCGGCAGCAAGAUGGCGGCGCGCUCCCUCCGCGGCAUCUUCGCCGUUUACAAACCGCCCGCCGUCAACUGGCGAAGCGUCCGGCACGCGGUGGAGACCGGCCUGGUGCACGACCUCAACGCGUCGGAAUGUCCACUUCCACACGAUCAGAUCCGCUUUCUGCCGACCACCAGCCAGGGUAUAAGUGGCACAGAAACCAACCUGACUGUCGCACAGCUGCCUGCCCUGGCCAACCACCCACGGGUGAGAGGCCCAAAGUUUGUUGGUUUGAGGAUAGGAGCUGGUCAUCGCCUGGACUGGAGAUCAUCUGGUGUGUUCGUGCUCGCAGUUGGCAGCGGCAACAAGCAAUUGUCUUACCUGCAGGACUGUCAUCUGACCAAGGAAUACACAGUACACGGAAGCUUCGGAACAGCAACAGAGGAUUUCUCCGACACGGGCAGGCUGAUUGAGAAGACAACCUACGAUCACAUCACCCUGGACAGACUGGAGCGCAUCAUCGCUGUGAUCCAGGGCAGUCACCAGAAAGCUCUCAUCACGUAUUCCGGCAUUGAUUUGAAAAGCCAAGCGGCGUAUGAGCUUGCCUGUCGAGGGAUGUUACGGCCACUGCACAAGUCCCCUCCCAUCAUCACCGGCAUUCGGUGCAGCCAGUUCUCCCUUCCUAACUUCACUCUGGAGGUCCAGUGUGUCCACGAGACCCAGCAGUACCUGCGCAAGAUCAUCCAUGAGAUUGGCUUGGAGCUGAAAUCAUCAGCGGUGUGUACCAGUGUGCGACGUACACGAGAUGGAGUUUUCACCCUGGACGAUGCAUUGAUCAGAACAGACUGGAAACUGCAGCAAAUCUCCAGUGCAGUCCAGCGCAGUCAGCCUCGAGUGGCAGCAGCCCUGCGGGAGGACAGUUGGAGGCACACUGCCCUCUCGGGGACGGCCGUCCCAGAGAGAUGCCCAGUCCCCACAGAGGCAGAGCCCUGACUGGACAUAGUCCUGGACUUCAGUUCCACUCAUGGUCACUAAAGAAGAUUUCCAUUGAAAUAAUUCAAAGAAAGAACUCUACACCUGAAAAUGGUAAAAUAACAAAAGAAAAUGU